AUGGCAACACAACCUCCAUUACUCGAGGCCCACGAGGGAACCUCAUUCCUCCUACAUUUCGCGCAGAUCCACGAGACCUUCCGGCGGGCUGAAAUCGAGUCCCUCGCGACACUGCACGGCAUCCCGCUGGAAUGGGUGUACUAUGACGACUCCUCCCCCUUCGCGAUCCUCACGCUCCCCUCCGCCUCCGCGGCCCGCACCCUCAUCAGCCGCUCAAUCCUCUCAAAGGGGAUCUACACACUCUAUGCCCGCGCGGGGACCUAUGCCGCACUGCACGCGCAGCUACAGGACCCAGCAGCGGCGACACUCGUGGCAGCAUGCAUGUCGCGCACCUUCAAGUUCACGAUCGAGUCCUACCAGCGCCGGCGCAGCGCGCGCGACGCGCGCGCACUGAUCGACGAGUUCUCGUAUCUGGCGCUCGACGGGGGCGUAAACAUGCGUGCGGCGGCGCUGGAGUUCGUAGUCUUUGAGGAAUUCCUUCUUGACGGCGGAUAUUCGGGGAUGUUAAGUUGCGCGCUGGGGCUGAAAGUGGGGGACGGCGCGCGGGACACGGCAAACACGUACGACCUCAAGCGGCGGCCCUACAUUGGCACGACGAGCAUGGACGCUGCGUUAUCGCUUGUGACUGCGAACCUAGCGCUGGCUGCGCCCGCACGGCUGUGUCUAGACCCGUUUGUGGGCACCGGCAGCUUCCUCCUCGCGGCGGCGCAUUUUGGUGGCACGGUGGUCGGCAGCGAUAUCGAUGGGAGGCAGAUCCGUGGCCGCGCCGGGAGGAGUAUCAACGGCAACUUCGCGCACUAUGGGCUAAAGCCUAGGUUGCUAGAUACCUUCACGAGCGACCUGACGAAUACGCCGCUCCGUGCGGGCCGCUGGAUCGAUUGUAUUCUCACGGAUCCACCGUACGGCGUCCGUGAGGGGCUGAAGGUCCUCGGCUCGAGGACAGCCGAGAAGGCGAAGACGCCCGUCAUGGUCGGCGAUGUUAUGGGACAUCUGCUGCCGGACUAUGUUCCCCCCAAGAGGCCGUAUGGGUUCGAGGCGAUGCUUGAGGAUGUUCUCACUUUUGCGUUUGAGCAUUUGGUGGACGGCGGGAGGAUCGCGUUCUGGAUGCCCGUGGCUAAUGAGGAGGGAGAGUGCGCGGUGCCAAAGGCGAGAGGGCUGCGGCUGAGGCAUCUUUGUGUGCAGGAGUUUAAUAAGUGGAGCAGGAGGUUGCUGGUUUACGAGAGAAUCCCCGAUAGCGAUAUCGAGGCUGCGGAGGAGGAGAAAGAGACACCGAAGGAGACGGUACAGGAGAGUGGGAGGACGGCGGAUGAACUCAAUGGCUUCCGGAAAAAGUACUUUGAGGGUUUCAAGCCUUCACUGACACCAUCAGGGCCAUCAACACCAAAACCCACACCGAGUUGA